GUAUAUUCUAAACAAGCGCGCGACGUACUGUCACGGUUUGUUUGCGCGCGCGAACCAGUGUCUCGCCGGGACGAUAUGCUGAGAUAUCGACGAGGUGACAUUGUAACAGUGAUUUGAUCACAUAAAUCGUAUCAGUGCACACGCGGAAAUCGGUUCGAAAUUCCGUUCGCGUUCCUCGGACGAACUCGAACGUGUGUCCGUCUCUCCGCGUGAUUCAAUUUCGGAGAGAAACAACGCGUGGCGGCGACCGCACGACACCGAAAGAGGACUGCUCGCUCUGCGCAAGUGAUGUGCUCCGCCGGCGUUCACGUCACGGCAGGAUGAGAGAAACAUUCGUGGAAACUCGCCGGACGAUCUGAACACGAUCUCUCUCUCUCUCGCCCCUCGACCCCGGUGGUUUUGUUUACAUAGACGUGAACUGGCCACGCGACUCUGCGGAAACGUCGAACAGGAGGUGAAAAGAACGCACAAGUACGCGUCCCGCGCGAGGAAUACACCGGCGGCCGGUGACGUUUUUACACCGCAGAGGUCGUCAAAACAUUCGGGAACCAUGGCCUUCGAUUCCACGGAAUAUAAAAUUCUACGCGUCGUCGCCUGAGAUCAUCCCGGCCAGCUUUCCGACAGAAGUGUCCGCUAAUUCCUUGGAACUCGUCGCUCUCUUUUAAAGUUGUUCCGAGUGGCGAAUAAAGAACAAGGAGUGGAACCGAGGACGCGGGUCGAUAGGCAAACAAUAAAGAGAAGAAAGAGGGAAGCAAGGAUAUCGUCAAUUACUUUCGCCCUGGAAUAAGAAUGGACCAUGAAGGAGCGUAUCGCGGCCUGGUAGUAGACGAGCGGUCGUCCUCUCCGUUGGUGUCACGACUGUCGUCGACGGGAUCCUGCAACGUUCGAUCAUUCACCCUGCAGGUGUUGCGCACGGCAGGCACGAGGUCGACAGGUGCAAUAAUCGGGGGUGACCCGGUUGCUGCCGCCGGGGCGGCGAUGCGACGAUGAGCUCGCCGAGGAUACUGCUAUCCCUCUACACCCGACCAGAGCCCCGAAUAGUAGCAAGGCCGGGUCGCUUCACAAGCUGUCGCAAGGCCGAGCAGAGAGAAGCGGAAGCCGGUUCAAGGCCGAAAUUAUUCGCCUGGCCAUGGACCUCGAGGCGAGGAACGGAACCGGCGGGAAUAACGACGACGAAUAUACGAAUAUUCACUUCAUCGUUGGCGAUUGCAGGAAGAUGGCCACCUACAAAGCGGAUCAGGUCACGGACAUGGAGCUUAAGGAAAUCUUUAGAAAUGCAGCAGAGGCUGGCCCUCUGGAUAUCGUGAAGCUUAGCAAGGGGGAGAAGCUCUUAAACGUCUCAACUAAUUUGCCGGGGAACACACCGGACACGCCCUAUGUUCUCGAGAUCGUCGGAGCGCAUCCGGCCUCGUCGGGGGUGAUCGAGGCGGAAGUGCUGUGGGCUCUCGAGAGACGUGUGGCGGCCUUGGAACGGCAACUUCGGGAGCAGCAAGAAGCUCUGUACGCGUCACCAUCGUUCGCUCUUCGUGAACUCAAGCGGCAAGUCGAUAGUUUCAAGAACAAGUUGGAACACAACGACCAGCUCAAUUGGCUGAGUUACUACAAACAGCUUCCGGAGCCUAUCUACGCGGAUUCUUGUCGCAGAUUGCAGUAUCGUCGGAAGAGCGACAGCAUGAAGCGGAAGGUGCGAGAAAAGUUCCUCAAUAUCUGCGAUGUGUCAGUGUCAUCGAGCGUGCGAGAGUGGCUCCGUUCGCCCGCGUUCGACGCGCGACAGUGGGAAGACGAAGAGCUUCUGUUGAUGCUGCAGACGAUGUUCGUCGAGCUCGACCUACCUCAAAAGUUUAACAUUCCUUUACCAAUCCUGAGGAACUUCCUGUACGAAGUCUACAACAACUAUAACGAGGUGCCAUUUCACAACUUCAGGCACUGUUUCUGCGUGGCGCAAAUGAUGUACGCGAUAGCGUGGGCAGUGGAUCUGCCGUCACGGAUCGGCAACCUUGAGGUGUUCAUACUCAUUGUCUCCUGCAUCUGCCACGAUCUAGAUCACCCGGGUUACAACAAUAUUUAUCAAAUAAAUGCUCGGACCGAGUUGGCACUGCGGUACAACGAUAUCUCACCGCUGGAAAACCAUCAUUGCUCCGUGGCCUUUCGCGUUCUGGAGGCACCUGAAUGCAACAUAUUGGCGUCCCUGGAUAACGCAACGUAUCGAAUAGUACGCGAAGGGAUCAUCAGAUGCAUCCUUGCAACGGAUAUGGCUAGGCAUAACGAGAUUCUCGGGCAAUUCACCGAUACCAUCCCGGAAUUCGAUUAUUCCAGCAAAGCUCAUAUCAACCUGUUAUCGAUGAUCCUCAUCAAGGUAGCCGACAUUAGCAACGAGGCUCGUCCAAUGGAAGUCGCGGAGCCGUGGCUGGACAUGCUGCUGCAAGAAUUCUUCAAGCAGAGCGACGCGGAGAAACUCGAAGGACUUCCGGUCACGCCGUUCAUGGAUCGCGACAAAGUAACUAAACCUUCGUCGCAAGUUAGCUUCAUCGGCUUGGUACUACUUCCUUUGUUCGAGGCCCUUGGGGAAUUACUUCCCGAGCUGCAGAGCCUGAUAGUCCAGCCAGCGAGAGAAGCGUUGGAGUACUAUCGCAGGCUGAACGAGGCGGCGAAGGACGAGCGGCACCAUCGGAAAAGCAUAGCAGACCCGGGUGAAACGACGCCGACUGCCACGACACCCGGCGGUGGAACAGGCUCGUCGACGGUGGUGAAGUCGGUGUCGUCUCACAGCAUGCGCUCGAAGCGGUCGGUGGGAACGGUACACUCGAGGUCCCGGUCCACCGACGAGGAUAUCACCGAGAAUCUGACGGCGGAGGACGCCGAGAAUAUCGAGAGCUCCGACCCGGAGACAGCGACGGAGGUAGAGAUCAGCGAGCAGACGUUAAAGUUCAAGAUCUCGACGGAGGGCACCAUGGCGGGCUCGGCAACAGGUAGGAAAAGCUACCCGGGUAGCCGGAAGGGUAGCCGGGAGAAAUCUUCACUGGAUUAUCAUAAUCACGACCUGGUCAGGGCUGUCAGAGAGCACGAAAGAAGACGGAGUAAAGGAGAGAAUCUCGGUAGCAACCUGAGCUCACCGGUGAGCGCGAGAUCCGCGGAAGAAACGAGAAUCGAUGAGGAGCUGAGCAAGGAGGACGAGGUCCAGCUGGACGCGAAGAUUAACGACGGAAGGCUGGUCGAGGGGAACGGGAACGUCGCGGUCCAGCCGCAGCGGAACAACUUAAAGAAACCGAGCAGGCCGGCGGAGAACGACCAGGAGGUCAGGUCUAGUCGCAAAGAGGCCCGUAGGGAGUCCAUGGUACUGCGUUGUUGCUGCGACGACAAGGCCGGGCCCAACAAUCACAAGUCCAUCUUCUCCCGACUGAGAAACUUCACGGACAAGUUGAACAUCAGCUUCGAAUCGCGAGACUCCCUGUCGCCGAAGCCGGCCAAGCACGUCACGAAGGCGCUGAACAAAAGCAACUCCGUGAGCAACGCGCCCGAGCCGACCACCUCGUCCAGGCACGCGAACUCGCUGACGAUUUGCAAACGGUGCAACCUGGCGAAACCGCCGGCCAGAGAAGCGAAGGCCAUCGCGACGGUGGUCGAGCUGCGAUCGGUGGACAAGAGAGCGAUGACGCUGCCGAAGGUGAGAAAGUCCGCGGAUUGCAAGAACAAGAGCUGGAGGACGGUGUUCGCGAAAGAGAAAAGGUCGUCCACCUCGUUGGAGACGCUGCCGAGCGCGAAGGCGGAGAUUUCUAUGGCGAAGCACCGGCGGAACUUCUCGAAUCCCGAGGGCAAAUCGCAGAGCCUGCGGGAGGUGAAAGAGCAGCGGAAGGCGGUGGGCAUCGAGUUCGGGGAGAUCAACGUGCGCGCGAAGAAGAACCAGAAGCCGGAGAUCGUCGUGAAGACUGAACACGGGUCCGAGGAGGAGCUGCAGCGCGACGUCGCCAAGGUUGAGAUACGGAGGAGCUCGGCGAGCAUGGAGGACAUAUCGAAGAUGGCGAAACAGACUGAGAGCGUGAUGCUCGGAUCGCUGGAGCCAAAGAAAGCGGAGGAGCGUCCUCUCGCGGGCAGCCUCGACUCGAUGCUGCGCAAGGACGUGACCAAGUCCCGGAAAAAGUCGACCUUCUCCUCGCCGGCGGCCACGAAGAAGGCGUCCCCGGGCCUGCUGUCGCGGUUCAAGUCCGGGAUGAGCGUGGACAGCACGCGGAGCAACAGCAACAGCGACUCCCUGCACGAUCAGAGCUCACAGUCGACGAGCGGUUGGAUAUCCUCUCUGACGGCGAGCUUCCGGCCGAGAAGGCAGACGACGACAGAGGCGGCCCCGUUGUCCUCGCACCCUCCGCGUUCGCUCAGCCGGGAAGAGAUCAAGUGAUACGGCCUGGUAGCCGAGGACUCAUCCGAGAAACAAUUGUCGGGCCUGCACAGGUGGCUGGCUGAGAAUUUCUUUUGUUGCAGCGGUUGAACGUUUCGGUUGUCGGUCCUCGAUCAGCUACUGUUUAUUUCACGCGCGUUAUCCGAGGAAUGUCAACGAUCAUAUGUUGCCAACGAUCGGAGGAGGCAGACGGAGCCAAAGAGAGAUCGGGGAGUGAUUAAGGACGCCCGGUUCGUCCGGUGUUGUCGGCCGAGAUAAGAGUGUCGGGGCCUCGAGGAUUCCGUGGUCCACCUGGCCACGUUCGUAAAGCGGAUCGACUGCGUUCCAGACGAUCUCUGUUAAUUUCGGAAUUUAUUAUUUAGUUCGAUCUCGCACAGGGUACGCGUUCUUUCGAAGCGGUCUCGACGAUGCUUCGCAAAUCCCACUCGGGCCGACCCGACCCCGGCUGAGGAAGUCCGUCGAGGAUCACGGGUCACCGUGACAAUCCUCGUGUCCAGUAAAAUCUACAUUCCGAUAAGAAACACGUCGUCGCGACGGACACUUGGUCACGGAUUCUCCAGAAUUACCGGCCGUGUUUUUUUUUUACGCCACACUGGGGAAUACCUCGAUCGCUUUGCGUUUCUUGUCGACUGGACGUCGUUUGAUAUAGAACACGCGAAGGAUUCGGGCGAAUCGCUCGAUUGCUUUGGCCACGGCGAGAAUCGCCUGUAAAAUAAUAGCAGAGGAAGGGGGACAAAGAGCGAGAAAAAGAAAGUACGUAUAUCAUAGUGCACGUGGAUGCGUGAAAGAGACCGAGAGAAAGGAGAGACAAAGAGAGAGAGAGAGAGAGAGAGAGAGAGAGAGAGAGAGAGAGAGAGGAAGCAUAUUAGCGUGCGUGACUGUGUAGAUGUGUGUGGUUGAAAGAGAGAUAAAGAGUGAAGUUGGUGGAGCAAAGUAAAAUGUUAUAAACGAGGAUCAAACGCAAUUUCAAAAAUGUCUUAGUACGUUCGUGUAGUGAGUCGAUUAGCUGUUUCCAAAUGUAGCCAGAGAAGUGUGUGAAUCUUAAUUAGCAUUUCGUGUCGAAGCCAAACUGUCGAACAGUUGGCAAAUACCAAAUAUAUGUAUAUUGCUCCUAAAUAUCGAUUUCCGUUCUGAUAGCAUUGAUGGGAAAUGUCGGCGAGGACUGGAAUAGCGUUGUUGUUGGUGACGAGAUUUAUGCGUCGGAUAUAUGUGCAACAGCGGUGCAAAGGAGCAUUGCAAAAAUUUGCGGUGCAAAAAUGCACUUGACUUGGAAGAUGUCAAGGGACAGAGAAGCAGAGAGAGAGAGAGAGAGAGAGAGAGAGAGAGAGAGAGAGAGAGGGAGAGGGAGAGAAAGGGAGAGUGAGAGAGAGAGAGAGAGAGAGAGAAAGAGAAAAUGAUGCGCGCUAUAUAAACUAUUUUAUUUAUUGUCCAAUUAAAAGAAUAGCCUAAUCAUUAAUGUUGUUCGUUAUUAUACAUAUAUACAUAAAGAAGAAGCUAUAUAUAAAUAUAUAUGUAUAUACAUAUAUAUUAUAUAUUAACCGAUAUGCAUAUAUCUAUAUACAUAUAUAUAAAAAUAUAUGCAAGAUGCAAUGUAUACAAAGACGUGAAAAAAAAAGUUAUGCAACACUCAUCAAAACGGAUGCGUACGUAUAUAAAUAUAUAGACAUGUAAGAAAAGAAAUAUAAAAGAAGAUCGAUUCUAUACGAUACAGGAGGAGAGUAAAGCGCUUAGAUAGAUAGGAAAUGGAAUGGAUUUAGACGGGCACUUUGUGUCCGGUUGUAAACCGAAAACAUCUAAAGCAACACACAAAAGAGCAAAAAGUAAUGGUGAACAGUACGGGUGAAACUUUUUUCGUACACUCGUGAACAGAGCGAGGAAACACACACACGAAUUAACCGUGAGAGAAUUACCGACGGAGAACGUACGGAGAACGAUUUCGUUGAUCUGUCAGAAAUUUAGAUGCAUGUCAAAUAAAUGGUGUUUACUCGUGAUAAUGUGUCUUCCUCUGAUCGAGAGUUAAUUAGUAAAUCAUGUAACACUUCUAGCGUCGCUAGAACGACGCUGUCUAUUAAGAAUGUUGCUUAUGGCUCUUUCUUAACGGGGUAUUCUCAGCUAGAAACGUCAUGCGCCACGAUCGUUUUAUCCUUGGAAUUUUGUUCACAACAUUUUAUCGAUAUCUAUUAUCUAUUAUCAUUAAAUUAUACGUGUAUCAAUUAUGAUAUAUUAUCUCUGUAUCGUUGAAUAAUCUGUUGAAAUCAAAAGCUCGAUCUCUCUUUUUGCAAAUAUCAUUGUACAUUUUGUUCUUUGUGUUUAUAAAUUUCUCGUUGCAAUUGAACGCGACGAAUUGGAUUCAAUUUGCGAAUCUGGGAUGAACAUAUCAGUGCCAAAAAAAAAAAAUGGAUACGCGUACGAACCAAAAAGUAAUCAUCCGUUUUCGUAUAAAGCGAAUGAUAACAGUACGACGAUCUGGUUCGCGAGUAAACAUUCGUUUACGAUGUUCAAAUAAUUUAGAAUAUUACGAGUUAAUUAUACUGGACUGGUGGCAUCGGUCAAGCAUGACCGAACGUUAGAAAAUAACAGGGAAUGCCCCCUUAAGUUCCAUAUCUGCGCUAUUUUCCAAUGUCUCCCGUCGCGUUGCUCAUUUGUUCAUCGAAGGACGCUAAAUUUUUAAUAGAUCGACAAAUUCGCUCCAAGUCUGAGACACGUGACCACCACCACGUUGCACAGGAGAUUUCGACGAUCGAGAAACUGAACACGUGCACAAGCCUAACGCGGUCCUCCCACGUGGUUAAACGGAAACCACACGACUAGCUCGUCCACUUGCGCGCCAUUUUACGCCAUGUGUUUCUCAGUCUUGACAAGAAUUAGUUCUCUAACGGCGUCUCGCUUUCAUUUAUCAUUUUUUUAGAUGUUUAUAUUUUUAUACUCCAACCGGUGUGUCUGUACGGCGAUUAAAAACCGCAUGUAUUGUUGAACUCUAGUCUUACGUUAUUGUCUUCAGCACCCAAAACUCGAUUUUUGGGCACUCUUCGGUUUCUACGGCGAUCGUAGAGCGGAAAGAAUGAACCCCUCCCCCACCCCCAACCCCCCGCACACACUGCGCGAACCGAGCGACCCUCUGCGUUCUGCGUAAACAGUUGUUCGAUAAUUCCGCUUUGAAUCUGCGGGAAGAGAUUCGAGCGAAUUGUAGAGCGCGAAGCGAACGAUUCGAAUGUUUUUUUUUUAUUCAGCGUACAAGGGGUAGGAAGUAACGAAUCGAGGGAACGUCGACAGCGCGAACGAUGAAAAGGCAAUGGUUAGCGGAAGAGAGAGGCGAUUGAAAGUUGGAAAUAUAUCGCUGGGAUAAUUUUCUUCGACAUAGUUAUUGAUUGUAGCUGAAACGCCGAGAGCAGUGAAAUCGUUUCCGAGCGCCUGUGAAAAACGAAACGAUCUUAGCCGCGAGAUAUAAUUGUCGACAUGUUUAUUCGUGAGAAAAAACAGAAUUACGGAGAAAACGUUUCUACGUUACUUUUUUCAUUCAGUUUUAAUUUUUCCUAUACAAUAUUGUAGGCAACUCCGAAUAAAGCGUUUGUUGACGAAGCAAUUUUAUUUACAGUCAGUAAAGCUGCAAUGUAAAAGUUUUACAUUAGAGAAAGACUCCAUGCUACUACCUUAGGUUCAAGUGUGUUCAAUAACAAUUUGUUCUGCCUGCUCAAAAUUAGUCAUAAUUUAUUUUUAUCUUUACGUAUAUCAUGUCCGUCUAUAAUAAAAAUGAAUGUUUCCAAA